UGGAUUCUUUCUUUAACAAGAUGGCGGCAGGAAACAGUGGUGGUAGCAGCGAACUCCGCUCAAAAAGUGAAGCCGAUUCCGGCUUCCUGGGUUUCAGGCCCACUUCGGUGGACCCGGCGUUGAGGCGGAGGCGGCGAGGCCCAAGAAACAGGAAGCGGGGCUGGCGGCGGCUCGCCCAGGAGCCGCUGGGACUGGAAGUUGAUCAGUUCCUAGAGGACGUGCGACUGCAGGAACGCACGAGUGGUGGCUUGGUAUCAGAGGCUCCGGAUGAAAAACUCUUCUUCGUGGACACCGGCGCCAAGAAGAGAGAGCUGAACAAAAAGAGGACCAAAGACCAGAAAAGAUCGCAGCUUCUCAAGAAACCCCUUCGGGUCGACCUCGUUUUAGAGAACACAUCCAAGGUCCCUGCCCCCAAAGACAUCCUCGCCCACCAGGUCCCCAACGCCAAGAAGCUCAAGCGCAAGGAGCAGCUAUGGGAGAAGUUAGCAAAGCAGGGCGAGCUGCCCCGGGAUGUGCGCAGGGCGCAGGCCCGACUCCUCAACCCCCCAGUGGUCAAAGCCAAGCCCAGGCCUCAGGACACCGUGGAGCGGCCCUUCUAUGAUCUCUGGGCCAAAGACAACCCCCUGGUGCGGCCCUUGGCGGGCCAGGACGCGUUUUUCCUGGAGCAGACCAAGAAGAAGGGCGUGAAGCGGCCGCCACAUCUCUACACCAAGCCGUCCCGGGUGCCUGCUGUGGAGGUGACCCCCGCCGGAGCCUCCUACAACCCGACCUUUCAGGACCACCAGACCCUGCUCUGGGAAGCCCACGAGGUGGAGCUGCAGCGGCAGAGGGAGGCAGAGAAGCUGGAGCGGCAGCUGGCCCUGCCCCCCGCUGAGCAGAUCGCCACCCAGGAGUCUGCCUUCAAGGAGAUGUGCCAGGGGCUGCUGGAGGAGUCCGACGGGGAGGGGGGGCCGGACGAGGGGCCCGAGGCGAGCGGAGACCAGGCCAGGGAAGACGCCGGCGGGGGUGCCCAGGCCUCGGCCACACCUGCCUGCCCCGCCGCUGUGGAGAAGAAGACGGAGCAGCAGCGUCGGCGGGAAAAGGCCGCCCGGAUACUGCGGGCGCAGCAGGCCUCGGCGCGGGCCGCCCUGCUGCGACGCCAGGACCUCUUCAGGCUGCGUGGGAUCAAGGCCCAGGUGGCACAGCGGCUGGCGGAGCUGGCACGGCGGCGGGAACGACGGCGAGCAAAGCGGUUGGCGGAGGCUGACAAGCCCCGCAGGCUGGGGCGGCUCAAGUAUCAGGCCCCCGACAUCGACGUGCAGCUCAGCGCGGAGCUGUCCGACUCGCUCCGCACCCUGAAGCCUGAGGGCAACAUCCUCCGCGACCGGUUCAAGAGCUUCCAGAAGAGAAACAUGAUCGAGCCCCGGGAGAGAGCCAAGUUCAAGCGCAAGUACAAGGUGAAGCUUGUGGAGAAGCGGGCGUUCCGGGAGAUCCAGUUGUAGCUGAUGCCAGACGCCGGAGCCCUCACCCUUCAAUAAAGCACCUUCUGGCCCCCCUGGGCCUCGUGUGUUACUUGUCCCCUGGGGGGGGCGUCUCUGUCUGUCCUCCACUAGUACAAAGCCUGGUGAGGACCAGGAUGUGGCAGAGGCCCAG